CGUGGAGACGUGAGGACGCUCGCCUCUGUGCUUGUGUGGCCCGACAGCCGUGCCUGAACUCGGUGACGCUGAGAGUGAGUGAAAAAGGAGGCUGCUUUUCUGUGACAACGUGGUGACUGAGUUGCAUUUAUUUUCGCUUUCACCGACUUUCCAUGACAAAGCGCAAACAUUUUCAGGGAUAAUUGUGACGGGAAGGUUUUCAAAGGCAAGCCCAAGGGAAAGAUAAUGUAGUGGCCAUAGAAGCGAGUGAGAGAAAAAGAAGCGGCAUCUUCAGGAGCGAGUGACGGAUAGAGUCUAAGACGCCAUGAAGGAGGAGGAGGAACUGGUGCCCCGGGAGACGCCGACGAAGGAGGGCUUCCUGGGCACCCGGGGGCGGCCCCUCCUGCUGCCCAUGCUCUCCGCCUUCCUGUGCCUCCUCGUGCUCGCCCAGGCCGCCUCCUUCUUCUUCCUGUUCGGCCGCGUGGAGGAGGUGCGCGGGCGGGCGGAGGCGCUGGAGGCGACGGGUAAGAGCAGACACGCCUACCUCUCGCAGGAGCUGGUGGCGCUGAAGGAGCAACUACGGGCCGUCCGCAGCCAACACCCCGCCCCCGCCCCUCCGCACCCGCCGCCCACCAGCACCGCCAGGUCCGACGCCCACCGCGGCUCCCACGCCCACCACAGGCCCGGCCACACGCCCGACGGGAGGCCCAGCGGCCACAGGAGGGCCAAACGAAGGGCGUCGGACCCCUCCUACGGCGUGAACGGCGAGGUGGGCGAGGCGGACGGCGAGAGCGGGGAGCUCAGCGUGAAGCCUCUCGGCGAAGGGAGCGACAACAGGAGCGGCCUCGACGAGUCCUGGCUGCAGCUCACGUCCUACUCCAGAAUUCCGUACAACACCAUCCAGGAGUUCUGCAGCAGGACGCGAGCCUCGUGCCCUCCAGGCCCCGACGGACCCGAGGGGCCCCCCGGCGAGCCCGGCAGCGACGGCGAGCGGGGCGACCGCGGCCUUCCGGGCCUUGCAGGACCCAUGGGGCCACGGGGGGAGAGGGGCUUCCCCGGGAACCCAGGCAUCACAGGGCCCAAGGGCGAGAAGGGAGACAAAGGUAGACCAGGAAUGGACGGCCGGGAUGGGCUUCCAGGCGAGCCGGGUCUGGAUGGAAUCCCGGGAAGGAAUGGGCUCAACGGCAUCCCAGGGGUAGAUGGCAUCCCUGGCAGGAACGGCGAGAAGGGCUACAGUGGGAGGGACGGAAUUGACGGAAUUCCCGGAGGAAAGGGCGACAAGGGCCCACCGGGACUCCCAGGUACCCGAGGUAUCCCUGGACCCCGAGGGCGAUCAGGCAAUCCAGGGGAAAAAGGUGAAGCGGGGGUUCCUGGUUUGAGCACCUGGCUUAUCAACGGUACCGAGGUUGAGAAGCUUCUUAUUCCACCCGAAAUACCGGGAUCGACCCGCAAGAAGCCCAGACGUCGUAAGACUAUCAUCGUUCGCGAGGGAGACAACCUGCGCAUGCGCUGUAACCCGACGGGAGAACCUCGGCCGCAGGUGGAGUGGAGUAGGGAGGACGGGGGGGUCAUUCCCACGGGCCAGUGGAAGGACAGCGGUCUUAACAGCCGGAUCCUGAACUUAACGCACGUCCGCCGAGACCACACCGGAACCUACCUCUGCCAGGCUUACAACGGGGUGCCGCCCUCCGAUUACAAGAGUUUCAAAGUCGAAGUUCACUUUGAACCGUACCUGCGCAUCAGGCAGUGGAAGGUCGGUACUUACAACGGAUCAAAUGCCAGACUCGAGUGCGAGGUCCAGGCCUUCCCCCAGCCGGUGACCUACUGGGAGGACCAACACGGGCAUAUCCUCGACAACUCAAGCAAAUACUCCAUUGCUUAUCAUCCGAAUCCGAAUAUUUUGUGGAAGAGUGUGAUGAUCCUAAAUAUAUCGGACAUCGAGACAGCUGACUUUGGAGACUACCACUGUGUCGCCAAGAACGAACUGGCAAUGAUCAGAGGGCAUGUGAAGUUGUAUGAGAUCGACCCGACCCUCUACAUCCCCAAGACGGGCACCGAAGACAUCCUCACCUUCGGCCUCGAUGCCCCAAGGUACUCGGAACUCUUCGAUGACUUGUGCCCGCCCAUCCAGGAGUGCCCCGAAUGCCCCAAGACGCCCAAGUGUGCCGAGGGGCGUGGCACUCUCUUCGGCUUGCAGGUGGAACAGUUCGGGAACAAGACGUAUCCCGGAUUUAGGAACAGAACUUUCGACUGCAUGUUAUCGGCGGUUGGCAAACCCGUGUACCACCGCCACACUGACUCCAACUACGGGUCGUGGAUGAGGGACCCGCAUCCCCGAGACACGUCACUCGAAACGAAAUUCUACACGACGGAUCCCACCAGCUCUUAUUACCUCUAUGAAUUCAGCGACAAGAACCAGUACAGGAAGAAUUUGCCCAGUAAGAACUACACGCUGCCUCGGCCCUUCGUGGGCAACUCCCAUGUCAUGUACAACGGGUCAUUCUACUAUCACGAGCAAGGGCACCAGAGGAUCAUAAGGUAUGAACUCAGCUCGGGCAAUACCAAGUCCGUCGAUGUCCCUGAGGUGGCCACGGACGGGACCAAUUACCUGUAUAAGGAGAGUCGAGACUACAUCGAUCUUAACACGGACGAGAACGGACUGUGGGCUAUCUAUGGCUUGCCUUCCAACAACAACACGGUGGUUAUGAAGCUUGAUCCUUGGACGCUAAAGGUGGAAUACAGCUGGAACAUCUCCCUGAGUCAUCAUAGAUUUGGCGAACUGUUCAUCACGUGCGGUGUCCUCUAUGCCAUCGACAGCACGACUGAACGAGACACCAAGAUCAGAUUCGCCUUGGACUUGUACCGCAAGAGCUUCCUCGACGUGGAUCUUCAGUUCAACAACCCUUUCAGGAUGACGACUAUGUUAGGUUACAACCCCAGCACCAAGGAAAUCUACUCGUGGGACAGCGGCAACCAGCUGACUUACCCCAUAAAGUACAUCGACAUCGGCUACAACACCCCCGACGAGGAGCGCGGAGGACACGAGACCUCGCCGUACCACAUGGACUACGAGGAGGACUUCGAGAUCGACGACGCGCGCCCGAGCUAACACCAGUAGCGCGCGCCUUUCCAGAGCUCAUCGUCCUCUAUAGUUUACUAUGGAAUGCGGUUUUCUUUGAAGGAAAUCGUUCAUAGAAAAUGGGGAGUUUUGAUUGCAAAUAUAAAUGACGUAAGCUGUCGAUUGAAAAUUUGUUCUCUCUCUUAGGUAACACGGGGUCUAAGCAGACCCAUAAGGGUGUUAAAGGACAGUAGACGAUACGAGAGAAAAACGAUACCUCAUCUUUUAUUGUAGGGAAAAUACAGAGAACCUGACUUAUGGCUGCCGCGUAGAAGAAAACGGGAGUGGUCUUGGUCAGUUGGUGAGGAAGCCGGUCUUUGAAACCGUGUCCGAGAUAUCAACGACACCUUUUAAAUUGCUAAAGUAAGAGAUUUAUUAAUACUAAUAAAAUUAUAGGUAAUUAUGACGUGUGCCAGGUGUCCCCAAAGUCAAAACAUUAAUGAGUUAAACCAGUGCAGAUUAUGUUCAAUACCAGAAUCUAGGACCUGUGUAAGGGAGUAUAAACGAAUAAGAAUCAGAAAAAAACACUGAAGCUGAAGAAAAAUAAGAAAGGAAAACAAAAGGAGACGAACUCGGCGAAAAGAAGAAAAACCAACAUUGAGGAACUGAAAUUCUGCCAACUGAUGCCUGUAAGGUAAAUUGAAUCGUCUUGUGCAGACAAAAUUCAGGUUGAAGCCCACAUAGCAUCAGGUUCUAGAUGUUUGAUAGUUUGCCAUAGGAUUUCAGAUAGUGUAUAGUUGGAACAAGUGCUUUACGCAAGCUACAGUGUAUGAGUUUUAUAGCUUCUUAUAGACAGGAUGGUACUAGAAAGUAACAUAACCUUUGUAUUCUGCUGAAUAUAAACUCUAGAUUUACCACAUAGAUCGUUUUCUACUCUCUUAAAAGUCCUAGGAGCAGAUCAGCCAUUUCACAAUGUUUGAGAAAGAAAUCAGUGAAAUAGUAAAAGAAACAGAAUUAAGAAAAAGUGAGAAAAAAAAACGACAACUGAAGAUGUUACAGCUGAUGGCGCGCCCGAAACGCUGCAAGGAUGCAAGUGGAGUGACGCAGCGUCCGAAACAUUGCCCGAGUUUCUCCUGAUAUACUCAUUUUCAAUGUUCUCUUUAUGUUUGUUGUUCGGGAUCGGUUGUGGAUGCGUUAAUCAGCAACUUCUGCAUUUAAAUGUAAUUGUCAGUGUUAAGUGUUAUACUUGAAGUGUUGUAUACUAUAACGUGCUAGUUUGUGCAUUCAUCAUGCCACAGGAGAGGUGCCGUAAGAAUUUACGUAUUUUUAUAGCCCGGAUGAUUUUUUUUUUCUUAUUUCACUUAAGUGUUUUAACUCUGAUAGGGAGAUCAAGUGCCACAUAACAUUAAAGUUAUUGUACAAAAGGGAGCUUGUAUGACUGAUACUGAUGUAAUACGAAGCUACACUUCUUACAUAAUUGGUCAUUUUGAUAAAGAAAAAGUAAUAACAUAAUGAUUUGUGAUUAAUUAAUAUUGACGAGAGUUAGCCAAAAAUACAUAAAUGAAUAAAAGAACUUCAUGAUUUUAAGGAAGACAUAUAUCGAAAUUAUUAAGGUUAAAAGCGCACAAAACAAAGGUAAUGUGCUAAUGUUAUUAUUAUUUCUUGUUGCUACUGAUAUAAUUAUUUUCAUAAUAAUGGCGGGUAAUUAUUGUUACUGUUAUUGUUAGUGCUAUCAUUAUUUUAUUAUUAUUAUUACCAUUAUUAUUAUUAUUAUUAUAUUAUUAUUAUUAUUAUUAUUAUUAUUAUUAUUAUUGACUGUUAUUAACAUUACUACUAUUAUGAUUCUAAACUUUUAGAUUCGCAAAGAAUAACGAUACGGUUGCUGAUAUCAUUAUCAUAAUUAUGCGAGCUUCCUCUGUAAACUUGUAAAUCUAAGAGUCUGUGUGAAUACUUUAUAAUUUUAAUACGACUGUUUAUAGAUGUUUUAAUUUUAAGAGCAGUUGCUCCCUUAGGCGAUUUGAGUUUUGUUUUCUUAUCUUUAAAUAUAUUCUUAAAACUAACUUUUCUUUCACUUAAACUGGUUAAUAAGAUACAGACAUUUGAAUACAAAUGCGGCCCUUUUGAAUCCAUCAUUAAUCAAAAAUAAGACAAGAAAAAAUUAUAUAUCGAAAUUCUGUCCUUUCACAUUAUUAUUUUUUUUUUUUCAAUUCUUUAUAUUUGUCUUAACUUAUGAUCCUUGUCGACUGAUGAUUAAAAAAAUAAAUAAAUUGACCAACAGACUGUAAGAUUAAGUUGGUUCAAAACAGUUUAAAUAUAUAUGUUUUUUCGCUUUCUUUCGUCUGUCGGUCUGAUUGUUAACAUAAAGUAAAAUAAAAUCUAAAAAAGGAAAAUAAAAAUACUAAAUGCA